AUGGCAUCCUUGAAGCGACUUCCGAACCCUCAGAUGUACACCAUCGGGUGGAUCACCGCUCUUGACAAGGAGCUCACCGCAGCGCAGGCUGUGCUUGAUGAAGAGCACCAAAAGCCGGAAAACUUCAGAAAACACCCAAAAGACACAAACAACUAUAUCUGGGGCCGGAUCGGAGACCACAACAUCGUCAUCGCCUCGCUAGCUGCUGGAAAGUACGGCACCGUGUCCGCAGCCACGACCGCAUGGAGCAUGAUCAGCUCUCUUCCACACCUUCGGUUCGGCCUCAUGGUCGGUAUUGGCGCCGGCAUUCCCAGGCUAGCCGACAACAUCGACAUCCGCCUCGGCGACGUUGUCGUCAGCCAGCCGACUGGGGCAAGCCCGGGAGUCGUGCAGUACGAUGUAGGGAAGUUGGAAAGCGACGGCCAUUUCAAGCGUGUCGGUUCUCUUGCUCCUCCGCCUGAGGUCCUUCUCAAAGGAUUGGCAACACUCAAGGCCAAACGAAGACUCGGAGGACCUCGAGUACGCGGCAUCCUAGAUGAUAUGCUCCAACGCCAUCCCCUGUUGGCAGAAGCAGAACCAGAUGACGCUGCGUUUGUUCACCAAGGGGCGCAAAACGACCGGCUAUUCGAAGCAUCCUCAGUACAUGUUCAAAACCCGGACCGGCAAAGCGCAGUGUCUUCGGCGGGAACAGUUCCGCGUGAUGUCAAUAAGCUUUAUUUUCAGUUGGCGCUGGCCUGGGUUUGGUCAUUCUUCUGGCUGGUCUUCGCCUCUGUGAGAACCCCGGCCACAUCCAACAUUACGAGGACAAUCCCACCAUCAGAUGCAACCCUUCAAGAGCUCGGCCAGACGAGAGCCUGUGAGCAUUGCGAUCCUGGGAAGGAAAUAGGCCGACGACAACGACGAUCCACCGAUCCCGUAGUUCACUAUGGCCUCAUUGCUUCCGGCAACUCGGUCGUAAAGGACGGUGUUUCUCGGGACGACAUAGUACGACGACUUGGAGACAAGUGCAUUUGCUUUGAGAUGGAGGCAGCUGGUCUGAUGGAUAAUUUCCCCUGCCUUGUGAUCAGAGGAAUCUGCGACUAUGCAGACACCCACAAGAACGAUCGCUGGCAGAACUAUUCCGCAGCAACAGCCGCCGCUUUCGCAAAGGAACUACUGGAAGUGAUCGACGGCGAUGAUGUAGAAGGAUCCUUAAGAGCCGAUGAAAUCAUGCAGUUACGUGAGGAUGUUUUCCAAAUCCGAUUAGCCACAAAAGAAAUGCAACAGGACCUACAUUUCCAGGAAAUCAUGAAUUGGCUGUCCCCGCCGGAUCCAUCAACAAAUGACAACAAGGCCUUGCAACAACGCCAUGAAGGCACAGGUCAAUGGUUCCUUGAUAGCCAAGAAUACUCAAAAUGGAAAACAACGCAAAAGUCCUCUCUGUGGCUUUACGGUAUCCCCGGCUGUGGGAAGACAAUCAUGAGUUCCAUCGUCGUCAAGGACCUCCGUAACACUGAGCCUUAUGCUGAAAGCUUUCUCUACUUCUAUUUCGACUUCACCGACACUAGCAAGCAGUCGCUUGAAAAGGCAAUUCGGUCACUGAUCGCUCAGCUGUACUGCAACAGCCAGAAUGUUCAAGCGCCUCUGGACUCACUGUACUCCUCUUGCAAAAGUCCAUCACGACAGCCGAGUAUCGACAUACUGAGCACAACCUUUGAGGCCAUGGUUCAACAGAUCGGCGAAGUAUGGAUCGUCCUGGAUGCACUCGACGAAUGCCAGACGAGGACAGGCCCAAGGAACGAAGGAUUACUACAUUGGAUUGAACGCGUUUUACACUCACCACAGUUAAACAUCCACCUUCUUAUCACAAGUCGCCCUGAACACGAUAUUAAAUCAGCAUUAGAAAGAUUUGUGGACGAUCAAAUCAUUCUCCAGAGCGACCUUGUCACGGAAGAUAUACGUGCCUAA